AUGUUAAUAUCAUUUAGAUUUUUAUUUUUUAAAAAUAAUAGAGUAAUUAAUAAGAUAAUUAAAUAUAACAAUAACAGCAACAUUAAUAUAAAAUUAAAUUUUAUUCAUUCAAAAAAUGUUGAUAUACAAAAUAAAUAUUACCCUUACAAAAAUAGCAACAGCAGAAACAGCAAUAGUAGAAUAACCAAUUCUUCAAAUAUAUCAUUAUCAAAUGAGCCAACAACAAAAAAAGAAGUUGUAAAAUAUCCGGAGAAAUAUAAUUUUUUGCAGUUGAGAAAUGCAAUUCUUUCUAAAAGAUUAAAAUUGGCCUGGGAAAUAUAUUCUGAUAAGAAGAAUAGAGAAGGUUUACUUUAUGUGGAUUAUUGUGAUUUGAUAAAAUUGUUAAGAUUUGGUGAAAAUACAUAUAUGUAUGAUAUUAGAGAAAGAUUAAAGCGAAUGGAGCAAGUUAAAGAUGAUGUUAUUGAAUUGAAGAUGGCGCAUGAUAUUGAUAUUUAUGAUGUUAUUAUUAAAACGUAUUUGAAAAUAGGUGAUUUUGAGGGUGUAAAGAAGACUUGGAAAUUGGUAUUGGAGCAAAAUGAAAAUUUCCCAAGAGAUGUUAUACCAAGCAAAGAUACAUUUAAUACAAUGAUUGAAAGCAUUUUACAAGAAGAAGGAUCAAUAGCAUCAGUUUUAACAAAAAAUGAGGUGGUGAUUGAACAUUUAAAGAAGUUUCAUGAAUUUUGUAGAAAGAAGAAAUUUAAGAUGAAUGAAGAUGUUUAUAUUACAUUUAUUAUUGCGUUUGCAGAUUUAGGUGUGGUAGAAUACUCUGAGAAAUUAUUUGAUGAAUAUUUAUAUGAAAAAGAAAAAAUGUCAGUUAAAGAAAUUAGUUCCAAAGUUUGUGACGUAAUAAUAAGUCAAUAUCUCAGGGAUUCGCUUUUUAACUUGAAUAGAGCAAAUGGAUUAUAUGAUAAAAUAGUAUUUAAAGGUAUUAGACCAAUGAAAGAAACAUUUAAUAGACUAAUCAAAGCAUAUUUUGAUAGUUCAGAAUAUAAAAAGGCAGAGAAUUUUUAUGAGAAUGAAUAUAGGAAACGUAAUGCUGGUAUUGAUGUAACAACUAUCAAUAUUAUGAUAUUGGGAUGUUUAAAAGCUAUUGAACAACAUUUUGAUAAUACAGAACAUCAUGAAUCAGUUUUUGUGCAUCGCAACGUUGUAAAUGUCAACAAAUAUUUUCAACAAGGAAUUAAAAAAAAAUUUAUAAUUGAACAAGCUACAUUUGAUAAUCUUAUAAGAGUUUUUGGAAAACUCGGGAAAUUUCAAGAAAUAAAUUAUUAUUUUCAACAAAUGAAGUCGUUUGAGACAAAGCCAAAUUUACCAAUCUAUCACACGUUAAUAGAAAUUUACGGAAAAGGUAGAAAAGUAUCAAAUAUUAUGAGGUUGUGGUAUGACUUGAUUGAUAAUAUGAACCCAACUAUUGAUACAUUAAAGAUUUUUAUAAAAUCAAUGAUUUCAUCUAAUGAACCCAAACUAGGAAUGGAUUUUAUGGAGGAGGCAAAAGAAAGAUUCGGCGAGAAUUGGAAUAAUUAUGAAGUUUUAAACGAAAUUGAGAAAGAAUUUAAAGAGCAGUUUGAAAAAGAUAAAUAUUUAGCUGAGUCAUUUUAUGAAUUAGAAAAAUUAUUAGAAAUUAAAUAA